ACCAAAAUCUUCCAUCUAAAUGAAUGUUAUCGCUAUGGUUUAGGCAGUCUGAUGUAGGGGUACAAUGUAAUAUUUAAAUCAUUAUAAAAAAAAUUGAUAAUUACUAAGGAAUGGUGUAAGAAUGGGAUGUUAUAUUAAAUUUCAACCCCAAAGUUAAAUAAGAAUUAGAAGAGAGAGAUAUGAGAAUAUAUUCUUAAUAUCUUUCUAAAGCAGGAUUAAAUAUGUCAAUGAACUUCAAGUUUAUUUCAUAAACUUGUACAUAUUCAUAAAUAUGUACUGUGUCAUUUUUGCCCGGGACUGUACUAUGUGCCCAAUUAACCAAUCAGACACGGAUACUUUCCGCACGCGAACUUUCCAGCUCUGCACAGUAAGUCUGAAUGCGCGAACGAAAAAGAGUGUUGUUGAUUCCGCGAAUAGUGUCGACAAUCAGAAGGAAAUGUCGAACCGCGAUCCGGAUAAUUUGAUGGCCACUAAUGACGAGAGUUUUGACUACCUGUUUAAGAUUGUUCUAAUCGGUGAUUGUGGAACAGGGAAAACAUGUUUCGUUCAAAGGUUUCGAUUUGGCACGUUCAAUGAAACACACGGGAGCACAAUCGGUGUAGACUUUUCCAUGAAAACUGUAUUGAUCGAUGACAAGAAAGUCAAGUUGCAAAUAUGGGACACAGCGGGUCAAGAGAGAUUUCGUACGAUACGUCAGAGUUACUACAGAUCGGCCAACGGUGUUAUUGUAGUCUACGACAUUACGAAAAGAUCCACUUUCUUAAGUUUACAACAUUGGGUUGAAGAAGUACGAAGGUACACUUCAUCACACGUGUUGUUAGUUUUAGUGGGUAACAGAUGUGAUUUAGAACAUUUACGAGAAGUUGAGAAAGAAGAGGCUGAAGCUUUACGUCAGUAUCUUCCCGAAGUGUUACAAGUAGUGGAAACAUCAGCCAAAGAAAAUACCAAUAUAGAUUUCGUAUUCUUUUACUUGGCAUCUGAGCUUAAAAGAAGACACGAGAAUCGACAAAUAAGUACUAAGGAAGACGAAGUUGUUAGGCUUGGUUCAGGAAGGAAAUUAUCCUCGUGUUCUGGUUGCUCCUACAAGAUAUUUUAAACAAUGGCUUCCUAACAAAUAAUUAUCAUUUUGAUGUGCAAAUUUGUACAUAAUAAGAAAAAAAGUACAAUAUUUAUAUAAAAGUUCAAAAAAGAUGUGAUACUCAACAUUAACAAUUUUCUAUAUCCAGUAGAGAAGUAUAUAUGAGAAAGGGCAAUAUUAAAUUAUUGAAGACAA